CUCAUUGCUCUACUGGCUAUACAACAACAUGAUAAAGCAGCUGUUUGGGUAGGACGUAAGGUUAUGACACCAAUGGGAGUAGCCACAAUGUACCAGCAUUUUGUUAGCAACUGCCAAGUUGAGAUAAUUUCUGCUCUUCGUAUAUUUGUUGAUUCGUCACAAUAUCCUAUUAUUGUUCACUGCACACAUGGCAAGGACAGGACAGCAAUUGUGAUUGCUUUAAUUUUGAGUAUAUUGGAUGUUUCGCGAGACAGUAUCAUCGAAGACUAUGUACAAACACAAACUGAGCUAGCCCAUAUCCGUGCAGAUAUUCUUGAGGACAUGGAGGAGGCAGGCCUUUCGGAAGAGUUCGCCGAUGCGGAUCCAAAGAAUAUGAACAUGUUGCUAUCUUUUUUGGAAUCAAAUUAUGGAUCUAUCAAGCAAUAUCUAAAGAGUAUUGGAUUUUCAGAAACUGAACAAGACGCUGUUCGAGAAAAUCUUAUUUUAUUAGCCUAA